AUAUAUCGAGUCCUUGUUUAACAACCCGAAGACAUCAAAAUAAAUUGGUUGGUGGAUUUUGUUCAUCUGAUUUGAACAUUAAAUAAUUAUGUCGGUGGUAACAAUGAAUAAUUUGAUUAAAUUGAACAACAUUCUCAAAUGUUCAGGUCCUUAUCAUCUUCGAUUUUUGUCUACUGUUCCUGCCGAACGUAAAGCCGAUUUUUUUCCACGCGUAUUGAAUGCUGAUACUUUUCCCGAUAUUAAAACCUUACAACUUAAACGUGGUACUGGUUAUCGUUCAAGUUUUAAUGGAUUAAUCGUUACGGUAUUUGGUGCUACCGGUUUUAUUGCAAGAUCGCUCGUCAAUGAUCUUGCUAAAUGUGGUUCACAAGUUAUUUGUCCUUAUCGUGGUGAUACUUAUGCUACAAAAAAUCUUAAAUUAGCUGGAGAUCUUGGACAAAUCCUUUUCGUUCCAUAUAGUUUGAACGAUGUGGACUCAUUGUAUCGUGCUAUGAAAUAUUCAAAUGUAGUUAUCAAUUUGAUUGGUCGUAAUAAUGAAACGAAAAAUUUUGAUUUCGAAUCCAUUCAUGUUGAAGGUCCACGUACCAUAGCUAGAAUAGCUCGUGAACUUGGCGUUAAACGUUUGAUCCAUGUAUCAUCAUUAAAUUCAUCACCAAAUCCACCGGCCCAUUAUAUAAGUGGUGGAUCGAAAUUUCUAAAAUCCAAAUAUUGGGGUGAAAUUGCCGUACGUGAAGAAUAUCCAAAUGCAACUAUAUUUAGACCGGCAGAUGUUUAUGGUGAAUGCGAUAAUUAUCUCUGGUAUUAUUGUUAUCCACAUCGACGUGGAUUUCGUACGCUUCCAUUACCCAGUGGUGGUUAUGGUAUAACCAAAACACCUGUAAGCGUAUCCGAUUUAGCCGAAGGUAUUGUCAAUUCGAUUAGUGAUGAUGCAGCCAUUGGUCAGACAUUCGAUGCUGUCGGACCACGACGAUAUGAACUGCGUCGGUUAGCUUUAUACAUUAAUGAUAUUGUUGGCAAACAGCCUGAUUGUGGUUUUGAGGUGACCAAUUUACGUUGGGAUCUGCAAGUACGGCCACGAUUAUUUUUAUGGUCAAAUUUGAAAUCAGUGUUUAAGAAACCGAAAACAUGUUGGGAACGUAUUGAAAGGGAAGCGAUCAGUGAUGAAGUUUCAACAAAUCUACAGCUAACCGAUCUAGGUGUACGAUUGCAACAUAUUGAAGAUCAUUGGCCAUUUUUAUUAACCGCUUGGAAAUGGCAUGGUGCUUAUGAUGGUGAUCUUGGUGAAAAUCGUGUUUAUGAACAUCCAACAUUUACAUUAGAUUCAGGAUUAUCAUCAAGACAAAGUUUAGCUUAAGCUCAUAGAAUAAUUAUUGUUUAAUAUUUUAAUGUUGAUGAUAAAAUAAAAUACAGAAAUUAUAUUACAAA